AUGUUUGAAAGACCACUGGAGAGCUUGAGUACCAAAAGAACAGUGUCGGGGUCUACAUCGCUGAUACGAUCAAUUACCCCUGGCUCAUCUGAACCUUUGCCGUCAAAAAAGAAGUGGAGAGAGAUUUUGAGACCUAGUAAAAUUUAUAGUCUUAAGCAAACUGGUCAGUUUAAACGCAAUGCUAGUCACGGGGGUGGCUAUGUCUCCCCGGUGGCAGAUGAAUCAAGGGCAGGUAAAACCCCUUUUCCACCCAUGUCUGUACAGGAGCCGUUGCUAACGCCACCACAUUUGACUCCCCCCAGCUUUAAAGGUAAUGUGUCACCCAGUAAAUUUGAAAGGGCUUACAGUACUCCAAAUACAACUCCCCAGAGCAUCAAUUUCUUUGACACUCCAAGCAACAUAAGUGGUGACAGUUUUUCAUAUACUCACCAAGUACACACCGAAGGAUUGAAUAUGUCGUUUGCCAAUAUCUUGAGCAACAAUGCUGCACACUUGAAUAAAAGGACAAGCAGUCAAGCAUCAUCUUCAAAGACUUCAAUAUCAAUGAAAAAUCUGUUAGAUAAUAUCUGCUUCAUUUGUUCAGAAUUGUUACUGAAUGUGUUACAAAGUGAACGUGUGUUGAAGUUGAAUUGUGGAGACCUGGUUCAUUUUGAAUGUUUUAGGACAGCAUUUUACAAGGAGUUAGUUGGUCAUAAAAAUACCACCAAUGAUCCCAAUAUGGAAUUAUCAAACCUAUGUCAUGGUUCAAUUUGCAAAGGCGAACGCCUGAUUACAAUUGAUAACCGAAACUUAAACUUUUUUUUAAAAAAACCAUACACAGCUCUCACACCCAAACGACCGGCUCCAACACAACCCAAGGCUAAAGAUGAUACUGCCUCGCGUGAAUCGAAAGCAACAUCCCAGAGCAUCAACUUUAAAGCGUUGGGAUCUACAUUGAGUCAUUCCUCGCAAUAUUUUGAGCUUUCAAAGAGAAGUUCUGUUCGAAACAGAGACACAAUGAUAUUAAACAUACGUUCUCCAUCACCUGUGAAUACAUUAUCAACAACAAUGACAGAUUCCUACAACAUAAAUGGUUUUGAUAACAGUCAAAGUGUUGAAACGGUUGUAAAUCAACUAAUGCUGUAUCUAUUGAGUAAUUGUACUACAUUGAAUUUAGCAAAGCUAUCUCAGUUAGGGAUGUUGAGAGCUGCUGAUCAGUUGCAAAUUAAAAUCGAAGAUGGUGUUUUCAGGGAGAAGCAUUGCUACUUAUUUGAAAACUCAGUUGUGAUUUGGGACAAGAUCAGCCAAGCGAUUUUCAUCCCAGUAAAAAAUGCCAAAAUUACAUGUAAAGGAUCCAUUGUGACAAUAACUCCAACAGAGGGAGAUGUGUUAUAUUUUUCGCUCCAAUCUCAUUUAAGCUCUGUUAUUGAAAAAUGGGCUAUUGUGUUGAUGGAUCUAUCAGUGGAAGUCCCUGGGAGCAAAAUCACCAACACAAUUGAUUUGGUACCAAAGGUAUUGGAAAAGAACGUGUUUGGAGGAUUCUUGGGAAACACAAUGAGUUCGAUUAUUGAUCUGUCCCAGAAGAAUGAAUAUCAGCUUGGCAACCUACAUUCACACAGUAUGAUAUCGACUGACUUGCUCAAUGUAAAGGAAUUGAAUUUGACGAAAACAAAUGCGGUAAUGCUAAUGGAUGCUAAUGGCGAUAGCGAUUCAGACGCAGACUCAGAUGAGGAGCUAAUACAACGUUCUUUAAAGGACAACACAGAACGAAUCAAUCUAAAAGAGUUAAAUAGUUUGAUAUCGGAAGUAGACCAGAUGCUAUAA